AUGGCCUCACCGCCGUCCCAGCCUCUGCCCAAGACCUCCUCACAAACACACCCUGCCCAGCAUCAGCCGUCCCCUCAACCCCAAUCCCACAAACCACAAACCCCACUAGCACAGCGCAUCAAUGCUUGCAAACGAUCCCGAUUCCUGUUUGCAGACUGGGACUUCGACGAUGAGACUUUCCUCCUCGCUUGUUUGUUGCAUGGUAUUGGGACCACGGAGGCCAAUAUCACCGCCACCAGGCUAAGUUUUGAGUUCUUUGGCGGCGUGUUGGCAUUGCGCGUCUUGCGGAAUGAUACCCAUGAAGACGAAGACGAGGCUAAUGUAGGUGUCCAUGUUCGUGAGCGGGGGGAGUCUAUCCGGGCUUCGGGCCCGCGACGGCCCCGCGUGAACACAUCAGGGUUUGUUUCUCGUUGGUAA